GUCCAAGGGCUACCCCGUUUAUGCAAGGUGGACACAGACAAUCAGUUCAGUCAACAUCUCCAAGUUUUACGAUGCGCCAGAAUGGAAGUGAAAAAUCCGAAAAAUGUGAUAAUGACUUUGCCCUGUGGUAAAUAAAACGAAUUUUAUCUUCAAGAAAUUGAAACUAAUAAAUACAUGUAGUGAAAAGAACACGUGAGUUUUAAAGCAUAUUGGAUAAAUAAACCAAUGUAAUGUCACUCUAAUGAACGGCCGUACUUUAGUGAAAUAGUGUUCAGUUUUAUUGCACGAAUACUGUGGUAAUUAAAUAAAAAUUGUGUGAAUCAAGGAACAGAUUAGACAGGAAUGAAUACACAAUAUCGCGUUCGAAGAUUUCUCUUACUUUCUUAGUUAUACUUUUUUUAAUUAAAGGUGAAGUUUAUGGAAAUGCAAAGGUUCUUCAAUUGUGGAUUCAACCACACUGGAUAUUUGUUGGUGCUCGUACGUCUUCUUUUUUUUAGUGCCUAAAAAUGCCUAAUAGUGAUGAUGGGGUGGUUUCUAAUGAACCCAAAAGACGCGUUAGUAUUAUCACAGAUCCAGUUAUGGAUAGUAGAAUGGGCCAUGAUAAUUUUGGAUUUGAGCCUAACAACAAAAGAAAAAUAUCACAGCAAUCCCAUUAUUCUGAGGAAGGACCAGUUAGACGGAAAAGUAAUUUACACAAUGCAAACCUAGACAGUUCAUCAAUCAACAGUUACGACCAGCGAGUUAACGGCGACGCCAGCCGAAGCAAAAAACCAUCCUUCUCAGAAGCAUUCUCUAAAAUCAGUCAAGAAUAUGACAACGACCAUCAAAAUGCCCCCCUCGAACAGUCUUGGAUCUACGCACUGUGUAUGCGAUGCAGAGUGGAAUAUAGCACACCCUCAUGGGAGCCUCCAGGAUGGCAAAAAGUGUGCCCCUACCCUCUAUGCCCAUCCUACCGUCAGUUUGCUAGGAUAAUAUCUAUCGUAUUCAUUGGUUUACUACUAUGGGUGACAGCUUACGUUAUAAUUGGAGAUACAGCUGCUCCUGGUGGGCAGCUAUUCCAAGUUGUUGUACUAACGGUAGCUGCAAAUUUCGGAGGAUUUCUAAUAUCACUAGCAACGUUGCCGCGAUUAAUUGGAAUGCUGAUGGUUGGACUUUUGUUUCAGAAUGUUGGAUGGGUCAACAUCGAUGGUGAAUUUACUAAAGUCACCGCCAUUCUUCGCAAAAUGGCCCUUGUGAUAAUAUUGAUUCGCGCUGGACUGGAAAUGGAUCCAAGCGCUUUCAAAAAAAUCUAUGUGACUAUUUUGAAGCUUGGUCUCAUACCGUGGAUUGUGGAAUUCGUUUUGAUUGGUGUUAUGACUCACUUCUUUCUGGAUCUACCGUGGAUGUGGAGUUUCAUGUUAGGAUCAAUUAUCGCUGCAGUUUCACCCGCUGUAGUAGUGCCAUGCUUAUUUAGACUGAGAACGAAAGGAUACGGUGUCGUUAAAGGAAUACCUACACUUAUCAUCGCAGUGGCUGGUAUCGAUGAUGCAGCAUCCGUGGCAGUAUAUGGCAUAAUUUCAAGUAUUAUGUUCACAUCUCAAGGACUAGCGUUUCAAAUUGCACAAGCUCCAGUUUGCAUUUUUGGCGGUCUUGGUUUUGGAGUUUUAUGGGGUACUUUAUGCAAAUACAUUCCAGAAAAAGGAGAUGCUUACGUUGUUCCGAUUCGUACUCUCAUGCUGUUUGGAGGUGGCAUGAUGGCUGUUUUUGGAAGCGAAAAAAUACACUUUGAAGGGGCAGGCCCCCUUGCCGUCGUUUUUGCGGCUUUUACUGCCUCUUAUUUUUGGUGCGGAGAUGGAUGGGAAUUGGAGGAUAAUCCUGUUUCAACUGCGUUUGAAAUAUUUUGGAUGAUCUUCGAGCCAAUUCUUUUUGGUAUAACAGGAGCUUCCAUAAAGAUAAGUGAUUUAGACCCUCAUCUUGUAUCAAUAGGAGUUGGUUGCAUUUAUGCUGGUAUUGUGAUCCGUAUAGCAGUGACCGCUGGAAUUGCUUUUGGUGAUAAAUUAAACGUUAAAGAAAAGCUUUUCGUUGCAAUUUCCUGGAUGUCAAAAGCUACGGUACAAGCCGCACUUGGACCCUUACCCCUAAAGGCGGUAACAUCACAACAUCGCGCGGAAGAGGAACUUCAUUAUGCAGAAUUGGUUAAAAAUAUUUGUAUUUUAAGCAUUAUCCUAUCAGCACCACUUGGCGCUUUAUUAAUAUCAGUUAGUGGAACAAAACUAUUAAAAAAGACUAAACCAAUGCUGGAACCCCCAGAAGGCUGGCGCCGAAGUCAUCGUCCUUCACUACAUGAUAUCAGUAUUAUCGAUGAAGAAGAAGAGCGUGAAGAUAUUGAGGGUAUUGCAGAUGAAGACACAGCUGCCAAUACAUUAUCAAACGCACAAGCAAGCUCCGUUUUCACAGUUACAAAAUGAAGUAGAAUAUUCAAGUUAUAUUUUAAUCUUUAUUCUUCAAGAUUUUGAUAGUCAAUAUAAUGGACAAUAACUUUGGUUAGUUUUUGUACCAACUUACACA